GCUUCGGGUGCGAGAGGUCCCGGGUUCAAAUCCCGGACGAGCCCCACUGGGUCGCAAUAUUUUUUUUUCUCUCUCUCCUUAAACAAUCUCUCUAUCUCUCGCUAGCUGUGUGCGUUUCUUCGGUAUAAACAUUUCUCCGCGCAUUUACACAACCAGCAAUAUCGUCGUGUUGUCGCUGCGUUUAUAUUUUAUUAUUCUAACAGCUACGCCGUGGAAUGAGUUACACAACUUGAGGCCUAGGCGCCGCUGCUAGGCCUCUCCCUCCUCCCCGCGGACCCCCGACCAUUGCCUAGUUUCCUCCCCGCCCCACACGCACCCGCACCCGCAGGCCGCGACCAUGGACCAGGACACGGCGCAGCGCCUGUACGCCGAGGGCGCCUUCCUCGUGUUUCUCGGGGUCCCUGAGGGCACAGAGUUCGGCAUCGACUACAACACCUGGGAGGUGGGCCCACUCUUCAAAGGCAUCAAGAUGAUACCGCCGGGCAUGCACUUCGUGCACUUCAGCGCGGUGCGUGGAUGUGGGGGCAAGCCGGGGGUCAAGGCUGAGGGCAGCGGGCCCAAGAGCAGCGGAGCAGGAGACCCGGGGCCGUGGGGCCGGGAGACGGGGCCGCGCACGGGAUUCUUCCACGAGUUUGGGAAGCGCGAGUUGCUCGUGCGCAAGUGGGACGUGGCGAUGGAGGACGCGGCCAGCGAGGAGGUGGCGAGCGACGAGGUGGAGAGGAUACGCGCCAGCCUCAAGGACCUGGAUCGGAACCUGGCCCCGUACCCGUACGACACGCUGCGGCGCUGGGUGUCGCUGAGCGGCCACGUGACGGGCUCCGUGGCGGCGCGGCUACUGCCGCUGUCGGGACGCGUGUGCGCCUUUGCCGAGAUGGAGCCCGAGACGCCGAGCUCCAACUCGCAGCAGCGGCUUGCGCUCAACCUCCCCCGCAACGACACGGAGUGCUCCAGCCUGCAGGAGGGAGAGGCGAGGUUGCCCAUCAUGAAGCAGCGCCCCGGCACCGAGAUUCGCUUCUCGGAGCUUCCCCAGCACCCGUUCCCGGCGGGGGCCAGCCCCGCGGACGUGACGCGCCACUCGCUCGACCGUUCGCUCGCACUCGACGCGCUGCUGGCUAAGCACUACCCCCAGGACGAGCACGGCAUCCUGGGCGAGCUGCAGUUUGCAUUCGUGUGCUUCCUGCUGGGCGGCGUCUACGACGCAUUCGAGCAGUGGAAGCGGCUGCUGGCGCUGCUGUGCGGCAGCGAGGCGGCGGCGCUGUCUCGCCCGCGCCUCUACCGCGACCUCAUCCCCGUGCUCUACCACCAGCUGGACGAGGUGCCGCGGGACUUCUUCGUCGACAUCGUCACGAGGGACAACUUCCUCACUUCCACGCUGCAGGUUUUCUUUUCCAUCCUGUCGGGCGCGGACGUGGAGCGGUCCCUGCAUCAGCGAGCUGCCAUGUUCAAGCAGCACCUGACGCGCAAGUUCCGCUGGGAUUUCGACGCGGAGCCCGAGGACUGCGCCCCCGUGCUGGUGGAGCUGCCUGACGGCAUGGUGCUGGGGUGAUCUCACGGCACCGGUGGCGAGGGCAGGGAUAUCGUUUAGCCAUCUUCACGAGGGCAGGGCUCUCGUUUGGCCAUCUUCACGAGGGCAGGGCUAUCGUUUGGCCAUCUUCACGAGGGCAGGGAUAUCGUUUGGCCAUCUUCGCGAGGGCAGGGAUAUCGUUUGGCCAUCUUCACGAGGGCAGGGAUAUCGUUUGGCCAUCUUCACGAGGGCGGCUUGUAACGUAAGGGGUGAUCGUCCUUUGUACCUGGGUCCAAAUAAUAAUUUGAUUAUAAAUAACGGAUUGGAUAAGCGGACAAAAUGUGUCCUUUGUGUAUCCGUAUAUCUGGACAUUAAAAUAAGUAUUCCUACCCAAGAUAGCUACCAUACGGUUCUGUCCUUACCAUGAUGGCUACCAGAUGGAGCUGCCCUCACCGUGAUGGCUAUUAGUCAGACCUAACUGUAACCACGAUGGCCGCUAGAAUUGCCAGUCAUCAAGAUUGCUAUCGAACAGGUUUGUCUUGCUUCACAAUGGCCACCUUAUCAACCUGUCCCUCAGCAAGAAGGCUACCGACUGAAAAGAAACUUGCUGCCAAGAUCGUUGAACUCCUGAGACAUGGCCGCAGGCCUCAGCGAAAUCUUCCGACAGGAAGACGAUGGAACGCCUGUUUACAUUGGGAAAAUCUGCCUUGUGCUUUUUUUCAGCUGAGCUUAAAAUCCGUUCCGAACGUUUCCCGUGCACCAAGCAUCAGCGGAGCACAACCGUAAACAUCACCCGCAAAGAGAACCUGCUCGGAUAACAUUUAUAUCGAUGUGCAUUUAAAUUGCCUCAGCAACUCAGAGCAUCUUUAUUUCAAUGCCUUGCUGUUCCGUGCUUCCUUAGGGCACCCCCGCCCCCCCCCACCCCCGUGACAGCCAUUCGUUAGCGGCAAAAAAUUCACAACCCCGACCUGCAAAUGGGCAUUAGUGUGCCAGUAGGGGGCGAUGUUAAGCCACAGAGCAUCAUGGGAAAAUAACAUCCAGAGUGCUUUGCACACCACGCGGAUUGUGCGCAGGAAUUGUAUUUACACGAUUGUCGACUCCAAGUUUCGACAUCAAGAGGUCAUCGCGACCAUCGAAGUCAGCACCACGUCAUUGUUUCCUUCGGCCAGACCCUUCAACCAUUGCAGCGCCAUGGGCCACACCGAUUCAGCAAUAGGUGUCGCCACUUGUUCCUGGUUUUAUCAGGAUCGUUUUGUUGCCGUAGCUGCAAGUCUUCUCAAGAGUAUUAAAAGUCAAAGUCUUUUGUCAGUUGCGUAAUAAUGCACCGCUCAAGAUGACGCACGCACGGGUAAUUCUCUCGUCUCGUCUGGUAUUGUGAGAGCUUCUUUGAGACGGACAACACGAUCAAGAUGGACAGUACACACGAGGCAGACAACACAAGAGACUGACAACACCACACAGGCAACACAAAUCAAGUGGUCAAUUCUGUAGCUGAUUGGAACAUUAAUUGUGACUAUUCAUUGAAUUACCUCGAGGGUGAAUUUCUAUCGGUACCCGACUACUCAUUGUGUUUGUUAAAGUUUGAUUCCCCAGGUUGGCCCUUACUGCCAUUUUUGUGGAUGGGACUGUUAAACUGCACACCGCUUCAUAAUUUUACUACAAUCUGUGAGUCUCUGAUAUCAGUUUUUCAUUAAAAUGUAAAUUUACGAUAAAAAAAAUAAAGUUUGCCAGCAGUUUAUCGUGAAUGGACUCGAUGCUAAAAUCAAAUCGUGUGAUCUUUGAACAUAUUAAACUGAAUUUGGUUUGUCACGUGCAUUCCAAUAGCUUCUGCCGGAUUUCCAUGAGAGUUUACGCUGCAAAGCCAGAUAAUAGCCGCGUCCUUUAUUUAACCGGGCGGAUUACAACUAUCCUGGAUUGCCUUUCGAGGGCGACCAGGGUGGCUGGUUACAUGCAGCCCUUUUGCCAGGCCACUGCCGGAUGUUUUUUUUGGUGGAGUUAUUAGUGGCCGGGCUGAGACCCUCAACUCAGGACGCUUGAGAACGCGGUUUAAUGACGAACCUCGAAUCACUGCACCAGAUUGAAUUAAAUGAUGACGUCACCCUGCUGCUGCUGCUGCUCUAAGAACGGAAGCAACAGGAGAUCUUCACCAUUCUUGCCCGAUGAAGCUGAUUGUAAUUACCAGCGAAACGUCGUGCUACUCAAAUUUUAAAAUGCUGUUCAUUCUCUCUUCAACACACCGAUGGGCUAAAGAAGUGAAUUAUUUUGUCCUUUGAAAAACGUGACAUUUUUUUACUGUUUGGCCGUGUCGGGUGGUGGAGGGUUACGACACAUUUAUAAAUAACGCGAUCUGAUCCAAAAACCUUUAUUAUGAGUACGGAUUUGUCAUGUUGGUUUUGCCUCCCGAGUUCACACAAUAUGGGUUCGAACCCCUGCUUCAAAUCGCCAGUUAAUUUAAUAUCACAUUGGCAGCUGAGUCUCGGUCAUAUAAACCACGGCUGUUGCAGACUGAGCCUAGACUCGGGUGGUUGGGUGGGGAGUAUUGUUGGGCUUGCGAGUCAGAAAAACACUGAAUUCGAUUGUUGCUAUGAUGUUAUGUUCUAACAUUUUCAAUGCUAUAUUUUAUAUUCAAGGUCUGUAUCUAGCAGUGGAUUGAUCAUGGCUGGUGACAUUUACAUUCAUAAAGGUAUGCAAGGAAUAACGUUUAAGAGGCAUUUUUGUUUGCCGAAAUGCAUACUCGCUAAAUACAAGAUUGUACCGUCUCUU